AUGGACGACAGUUCAGCGAAGAAAAAGAAGGCUCCGGCUGCGAAAAAAACCACCAAGGCUUCAGGUUCAGGCGAUAAACCUGCGAAAGCACCGGCAAAACCUCGUGCGAAUUCGAAGAAAAAAGAAGGCAACUCAUCAAUGAAUGGUAAAACUCUUUAUGAUCCACCAUCAUCACAUUCAAAAGAAUUCUCGAUGAGAAUAUUUCAUUGA